AUGCUCAAAUCUACUUACGCCCCUCCGCCGCCUCUUCCCCCGGGGUGGUCGGAACACCGGGCGCCUUCAGGCCAUUUAUACUACUACAAUGCUGCAACAAAGCAAUCCACAUACAAGAGACCACAAGCGCAAGAUUCCCAACCUGCGCAACCUGCGCCGCCUGCGCCACCUGCCGCAGAACCCUCACAAUCACUCCCGUUUUAUUCGCCUGAAACAUUACCACCAUUUUCGUCGACGCCAUAUGGACCGGCUGGUUAUGCCCCGGGCGCCGCGCAAUAUGGGCAACACCUACAACAAGGGCAGGGUCGUGGUGGUUUCCGCGGGGGAAGAGGCUAUCAUGACCGCGGGCGGCGUGAGCCCCAAGACAGGCCAAAGUCUAAGGAUUUGAUACCCAAUUGUGCACCUUGGGUUUUGGUGAAAACCAAACUCGGCAGACGAUUUGUGCAUAACCCGGACACAAAUGAGAGUUUCUGGAAAAUCCCAGAAGAUGUUCUCAAAGGCGUGGUCGAAUACGAUCGCCUUGAGCGCGAGAAGAAGGAGAGAAGAGAGCGCGGCGAGAAGUCUGAGGAGCCCGAGGAACACCAGACCGAUAUCGCAGGAGCACCGACUACAUCUCGAUCAGAACGUGAGGAUGUGGCGCACGAAGAUCUUUACGAAGGCGCAGAAGAUAGCGAUGAAUAUGAAGAGGUUGAAGUUACCGAUGACGAAGAGGAAGACGAGGGCCAAUUGUCGAAGCGGGCACGCACAGAAAGUCCUGGAAGACAAGACCGGCCGAUGGAAUUCACCGAAGAGGAUAUGGAAUAUCAACUUGCGGCCAUGGGAGAAGACUAUGGUCUAGAACCAGGCGAGUACGGCGAGCCUGGGGAGGACUGGGAGGAGGGCGCGGAAGGGCUUCCAUUGACAGAUGCCGAUGCCGAGGCGCUAUUUCGUGAUUUGCUCGAUGACUACCAUAUCAAUCCCUUCUCAACGUGGGAGAAGAUCCUUGAAGAAGGUCGCAUCAUUGAAGACUCAAGAUAUACCGCUCCUUCAAACAUGAAAACCCGCCGCGAGAUUUUCUCCAAUUGGAGCAGAGACCGCAUCAAGGACGUCCAAGCACAGAAAGAAAAGCAGGAGAAACAGGAUCCUCGCAUCAAGUACUUGGCCUUCCUCCAGGAAUAUGCAACGCCCAAGCUGUACUGGCCCGAGUUCAAGCGAAAAUAUCGAAAAGAGGCAGAGAUGAAGGACUCGCAACUAUCGGACAAAGACCGGGAAAAGCUCUAUCGUGAAUAUAUUUCCAAGCUCAAGCUUCCCGAAAGCACCCGCAAAUCCGAUCUUUCGACCCUUCUCAAAUCCGCUCCAUUGCACGCAUUGAAUCGCUCCUCGAAUCUUGAGGCUUUGUCGGCCACGAUCAUUACCGAUAUUCGAUACAUCGCCCUUCCAACAAAGGUCCGAAAUCCUUUGAUUGAGGCGUUCAUAUCUACCUUACCGCCUCCGCCUGAGGAGCAGAUGACUGCAGAGCAGCAAGAAGAGCAUGACCGCAAGCAGCGAGAUCGGGAGAAGCGCGAAAAGGCUCUCGCAGAGCGAGAAAAACGGGUUGAAGAAGACAAGCGCAGACAGCGCAGCGACCUUAUCCGGGGCAAGCACCUUCUACGAGAAGGCGAAGCCGAAAUUGCGGAGGCCAUGAAGGUCCGAAAAGAUGGCCUUCGGGGUUACAUGGAAGUUGAUGAGAUCCCAGCCAAAGAGCAAGAGAAGCCAAGCAACGACUGA